AUGGAUGACACUGUUGCCAAAUCUAGUUUCUAUGUUGGAUGUGUGGCCCAAGUGGUCACAAAUGACAAGAAAAAUUCCGAGAGCUCUGAGGUGAUAGUAAUAGACAUAUUGUAUAGCAGCACAAGUCGCUAUCUCAUGAAGGAUGUCAUCGGUGAAGGGUGCUUUGGCAAAGUUGUCAAGGCUGUGAAAUUAAACACAUCAGAGCCCGUGGCCCUCAAGAUCCUAAAAACUGAGGCUGCCGCUAAAAGAGAGAUCCAAAUGCUCGAAGUAGUGAGCGUUCUUGACCCAGUCAAGAAGAACGUGGUUCAGUUCUUGGAGAAGUUUCAGCACAGAGGACAUACCUGUCUAGUGUUUGAAAUGCUGGACAGGAGUCUUCAUCAACUGCUCAAAGAAAGAAAUAUGCCACUGUCUCUCAGUGAGAUACGACCAGUAACGCACCAGUUGCUGAUAGCCUUUGACGCUCUGAAGGGCAUUGGCGUCGUUCACGCGAACCUGAAGCCAGACAAUAUUAUGCUGGUGAACCACCCGGCUGAGCCCUUCCGGGUAAAACUUGUAGAUUUUGGCGUGUCCUUCAACACCUCAGAAGAGAGACAAGGGAUGAGAAUUCAGCCUCAGGGUUGCAGGGCACCUGAAGUCUUCCUGGGUCUACCCGUGUCCGAGGCCAUAGACAUGUGGGGUCUUGGUUGUGUGCUUGGGUUCGUGUACCUCGGAAAAAGGCUGUUUGCGGCAAACUGCGUGUACCAGUCAACCCCGAGGGAAUACCAGAUUGGCACUGGCAUUGAGCCCAAAAGAUGGCACCCGCAUUUAAGAAACCUGGAUGACCUGAUUAGACACGACCCAAGGACGCAGGAAAACAUUGAGCUGGAGGAUCAAAGAGCAUUUGUCAGUCUCCUGAAAUGCCUGCUAAAUACAGAUGCAGAGAAGAGGAUCACUCCGGGGAAGGCUCUCACUCACCCCUUUGUCACAAUGGCCCAUCUGGUGGAUGAAGUAGAGAUCAGCUUGUAUGCCAAGAAUUCUUCAAAGAAAAUGGCGGUCGUACCAAUGGACAACUUCGAUGAGGAGCUAUCUCCUAAUGGUGAGGCUGAGGGAGAGCCCAAUGAUGAAGAGCCUUCAGCCACAGCUCAUUUCAAUGACGCAGCUGUUCCUCGCUCCUCAGAGGCUGCUGCAGGAAUAGACGCUGCUGGCUCAGCUGUAGAGGAACCAGCUGUUAACCAAGUUGCAGGCAGUCCAGCUGAUGGUGAAGCUCGGGAAGAGCCUAAAGAUGAAGAGCCUUCAGCCACACCUCCUAAAAAUGAUGCUGGCUCAGCUGUUCCUCGCUCCUGUGGCAGCGUUAAAAAAAUGCUCCAUUCAUCUGAUGGAGCAGAAGCUGCUACAGGAAUAGACGCUGCUGGCUUAGCUGUUAGCCAAGGUGUAGCCCGUCCAGCUGAAGAGACAUCGGCCAAUGGCGGGUCACCAGAUGAGUGUCCGCCUGCCAAAGUUAAGAAGAGCCGACUGAAGAGAAUCCGGAAAUUCUUUGGCAGGACAAUAAGGACCUUGUUUGGAAAGUAA